AUGGACCUCAGCAAAGAGGCAGUUGAAUUUAAUGGAAAAAAAGUCUACAGAUAUGUACUAAGUGUUAUUAAUAUUUUCAGUCGUUUUGUUUGGCUGAGAGCUCUGGAAAGGAAAUCAAGUGGGCCAAUUGCGAAGUGUAUAACAUCAAUAUACAACGAACAUCGCCCCCUUGAUAGACUACAAAGCGACAGAGGUAAAGAAUUUGAAGGCAAACUGAAUGAUGUUUGUAAGAUGAAAAUCAGAAGAAUAAGAUCAAGGGCCUACCAUCCCCAAUCUCAAGGAAAAGUUGAAAGGCUGCAUAGACAUUUGAGAAGGAAGAUCAUGUAUGACCUAGUGGUACUAGGUAAAAAAGGGGUCAAUUGGGCACAACAUAUUCCAGAAUAUAACCGAAUACUGAACGAAGAAAGCAAAGAAGCACUUGGCUGGAAAACGUCCUUUGAAAUCUACUAUGGCAGAAAAUCAAACAUACUGACAAAAUCACAUAUAGACAUCGAAUAUUCAGAAGAUGAAAUUGACACAGUACCUCUAGGCAGAAAGAUUUUGAGCGCCAGUCAAAACAAUUUUAGAAGCUGCUCAAGAGCGCAAAGGACUGUGGAAAGAAAUUGA